UUCGAGCCGCACAACAAGCUCGAGAGGCAGAAAGCGCCGACGUCCGGAGAUCCGCCGUGCCGUCCCUUUAACUCUACUGUACCACAGACUGACAAAACCAGCAGCCAUGAAGGAGAAGACAAUUUUCCCCCUUUGGAUGCAACUUUUCGCUGCUUGUCUCGUGUUUGGGGUGAACGGUGAAUACUGUAAGGUGAACAUGUGCAGUAAUGGUGGAACCUGUGUUACCGGAGCAGGAGCUCCAUUCAUCUGUAUCUGCCCUGACGGCUUCACUGGAGAAACUUGCUCCGAGACUGAGACUGGGCCCUGCAACCCCAACCCGUGCAAGAACGAUGCCACCUGUGACGAGAGGGGUCACUCACGUCGAGGUGACGUCUUCAGCGAGUACGUCUGCAAGUGCCAGCCAGGCUUUGAUGGAGUCCACUGCCAGAACAGUGUCCAAGGUGCAGAUUUCAGUUCAAGCAAAGAUGUGAAUGACUGUGCCGUCCAGCCAUGCCAGAACGGUGGCACCUGCAGGGACCUGGAGGGAGAUUUUAAAUGCCACUGCCCGUCCCCUUAUGUGGGAAAAAACUGUCAACUGCGCUGUAUUUCUCUGCUCGGCAUGGAGGGAGGGGGCAUCGCUGAGUCUCAGAUCUCAGCCUCAUCGGUCCGUUACACCAUGUUGGGCCUGCAGCGAUGGGGACCUGAGCUCUCCCGCCUUAACAACAAGGGACUGGUUAACGCCUGGAGCCCUGCUGGACAUGACAAGAACCCAUGGAUACAGAUCAACAUGCAAAGAAAGAUGCGAUUCACAGGCAUGGUGACGCAGGGGGCCAGUCGCAUUGGAACAGCAGAGUUCAUCAAGGCCUUCAAGGUGGCCUCCAGUCUGGACGGAAAGACUUACAUGGUGUACAGGACAGAGGGAGAGAAGAAGGACCGUGUUUUUGUUGGAAACGUGGACAACGACAGCACCAAGACAAACCUGUUCGAUCCUCCCAUCAUCGCUCAGUACAUCCGCAUCAUCCCCGUGGUGUGUCGUAAAGCCUGCACAAUGCGCAUGGAGCUGGUGGGCUGCGAGCUCAACGUGUAUUCAAACACUGCAGGUUGUUCAGAGCCAAUGGGCAUGAAAUCCCGGCUGGUGACUAAUCGCCAGAUCACGGCCUCCAGCACCUUCCGCACCUGGGGCAUAGAGUCCUUCACAUGGCACCCUCACUACGCCCGCCUGGACAAACAGGGCAAGACCAACGCCUGGACCGCCGCCUCCAACAACCGAUCUGAGUGGCUGCAGGUGGACCUGGAGUCUCCCAAGAAGAUCACAGGAAUCAUUACACAGGGGGCCAAAGACUUCGGCUCCAUCCAGUUCGUCACAGCCUUCAAAGUGGCUUACAGUGAUGACGGAAAGUCCUGGACCAUGGUGAAGGAUGAGACCACAAAGACAGACAGGAUUUUCCCGGGAAACAGCGACAACAACGUGCACAAAAAGAACAUCUUCGAGCCGUCGUUCUACGGCCGAUACGUCCGCAUCCUGCCCUGGGAAUGGCACGAGCGCAUCACCCUGCGGAUGGAGCUUCUGGGCUGCGACGAGUAGCACCACCCUGAACCCAAAUCCCCUUCCUCCACCUCCCCCUUUUCUCUACCCACCCACCCACCCACCUUCCCUCUCUCCCUUCUCCCCUCCUGAGCCACACCUGCACUGCCUUGCUCUCAGCCCUAGGGGGCAGCAAACACCAGAGUAGCACACCUCCACCACCCAGACCCCCGGCUGCUUGGAGGUGGGGGAUGUUACCCUUAACCACUGUUACCAGGACCCUGAUGAAAUUCAGAUCAGUGUCUCCUCUUUGUUUGUUUCCUGAGGCGAUCACUCGUCUAAAAACAACUCUUUUUUUUUAAACCGAGUUUGGCUGGGGUCCGAUUUGUAUCCCACCCACUGAGCAGAUCAGAGGUGGUGACUCCUCCCUCCCUGUGUCAGAGGUCAGGGGUAACAGGACUGCUGCUGUUCAUGCUGGUGCUGCCUGGACUCCGAUCCUAGAUCAGUUCUACCUGGAACAUUUAAGCUUCAAGACCCACGGCUGGUGAUGUAUAUACGCUCCACUUAAACGCUUUCACACAUCCUCUAAGUGAACACUUCACCUCCUGUAGAGACACACACAAUACGACUUCAGGUGAUACAUCGAUAACUUAUGGUUGAUUAUUUUCCAUAUCCAAAAAAUGAAUCUGUGUAAAAGGAAGUCUGUUUUGGUGAAUAAGCUUUAGAUAUGAUAAGAAGUGCUCCUUGCUCGUUAGAGGGGGAAAAAAGCAAAUAAAAAAAUAAGAAAUGAGGGACUCAAAAUCUCAAGGUGUCCCGCUGUGUGUGCUUUUGAGCAGUGAAAACGUCUCCUACAGGUCGUUUGUUUGACCCGCUUUAGAGGGUUAAUAUCCAAACUGUUAUUAAAACAUACUCUUGUAGCAGCCAGUAACAGAAGAGUCUCUUUAAAGCUUUUUGUUCUUUUGUGUUACCUCGUGUUGAUGCUUCAGACUCCAUCGAGUCAUCAGCUCAUCUCGGGCCAACGCCCACUCACAUGUUUCUGUCUGUGGGUUUCUGCAAGUAUUAGUACACCGACACUCACUCCCAGAACUAAAGAUCCAUCAGACACAUUGAACGUGUUUCAUUAUGAGACACAAAUCAUUCGACAAAUCGUCACAGUCACUCCGUUUAGCAGCCGGAGAAAUGUGAUCUCCAAGGCGGAGGAGAGAGAGACACCCUCAUGCACAGACAGGAAGUUAUAAACGAGUGUGUGAGAUCAUUGUUGAGAGACAAGAGACGCUUUACUGCUGUUGAAAAAGCAUUAACGCCUUUAAAUGAGGUUUACACAUGCUGCUGUAAUGAGCUGGUGGGACACGCCCAGCCCAAAAAAGAUUUCACCUUUUGAGUUAUUCCUAGCUUGAUUAAAAAACUAAUUCUCGGCAUGGGACAGUUGUUCAGUAUUCUUAUGUUACUGGCUGCUACAACAGGAGUGUCUAAGCAUGGUUUAAUGACAGAAAAAGUCAUGUUUUUGAAAGUUUAAUUUAACUAGCGUCGUCUUUAACGAGCUGUUAGAAACAUGUCAGAGCUCACUCUAAAAUGAACCAAACAGUUUUAAUAUCAGAAGGAAUCGUCUUUGCUUUUUUAUCAGCGUCAUAAUCUGAGAGAUGAACAGAAGUGUAAAGACUUUGGUAGAUAUAGAUAAGGUAAAUAUUUUGGCUGUUUUUGUUUCAGGUGGAAGCAGAUCUGCUCUCAUGUACAGAAAAAGCUACUGACUCGCUCUGCUGCGCUUCUAGUUGUGUUCACAGUUUCAUUGUUUUUUGUUUUUUACGGCACUUUGAUGUUUGUGUUUUGAUAUUUGAAAUGUCCAAAAAAAAAAGAAGGAAAAAAAACUGUAAACAUGUUGAUUACCACGUGAAAAAAUAAAAAACACCCACUCAGUUUCUUUGUUGGAUUCAGUCGAGCUUUCACAGUCUGGGUUCAAAUAUAGUCGAUGUUUAGUGUAAAUAAAUAACACGCACACACACACACAUUUAGUUCUUCUGGACUGAACUCAUCUGUCUUGGUGGAUGUUAAUGUCUCCUGCAGAUCAUCUACGAGGAGUCCAACAUGACGCCUCCAGUUCAAAGCUGAGGCCGUCCUGAUAAGAUCGAACGAGAGAAACAAAAUUAAAUCUGAAUUUUACGGUUCCAGUUUAAAAAAAAAAAAAAAAAAAAAAACGUGACACAAACCGCCAUAUCAUCUCCGCCUCUGCCUCCCCCGUCACAGUCCUCUAAACCUCUCUCCACCCCUCCAUGAAUUAUGUAUUAUGGGCUUGUGCAAUAUGAUACCGUGUUAGUUUUGAUAACAAUGAAUAUUAAUUCAAGACCCUUUAAAAAAUGCAUGAGGGGGAUAGCGGCGCGGCUGAGAGGUCGAGGGUGGAUGCUCGUGUCAAGCACUGUACACUAUGUGUUAUUGUUGCAGACGAUCCUGUGAGCUGUCACCCUUUGUUUUUCCAUGUCUGCAUGCUUUUUAAGGAAAAGUGUUGCUCAGCUUAAGUUGUCAUUUAUUGGUGACGUAGUUUCAUUUUCUUCUAGAUGUUCAUCGACAUUCAGAGUGAUGUAGAAACCUUGUUUCCCCAAUGUUCAGGUUUUCUAUUAAAAGUGUUUUUUUUUAUGGUAUUAAGAGUUCAUUUCUUACUAAACUGUCGACCUCAGACUUUUGACUGGAUUUGUUUCCUUUUUAUUUUUUACUCCAGUAUUGUGUUUCUAAGAGGACUCCUUUCUGUUUGGCCUUUGUAUCUUUUAAAUUAAGAUUAAAUAGUAAAUGAAUAAAUAAAGUACUAAAAACACA